ACGAGCAUCAUCGAUUUUCUGCGAAUGCGACGCAGCAACAAAUACUGCAGUUAUUAAACUGUUUGUCUUCUUGGCGUUACUGGCAAUUUUUCUUCUUCCUAUUUUUCUUUUUUUGAGCUUCCGCAGCUCUAAAUUUCGUUUUUGUGCUGAUGUGUCUCUUUUUCGCUGAUAUCUUGUGUUCACGAGUGAGUCUUGCACAGAAGGGUAAAUCGCUUUGCACUGAUUUUUCAGUUACUAGUGUGGGAAUGCUGCAUGUGCAAAAGUUUCUGCAAACGGAGCUCACAACAGGAAAGUUACUAUCGGACUUCGCAUCCAAUUUCGUCGGGAUCGGAUCCUCCGGGGUUCCGCGUACAGUCCGAUCCCUACAGUUUCCGUCGCAGUUCUACGGAGAUUCUGGAGUCGACGAUGCCGAGCCUGUUCGUCUCUUCCCUGCACUGUGCGUCCACAAUCGACAAUUACUGGGAGGUCAAGGAAGCGCGGAAUAGUGCGCUGGAGAAGGUUAUUACGGGGGUAACGGCGGCGUACGAAACUGCCUAUGGCGACCAGAUUGCAGCCUUUUCCACAUUUAUGAUUUCGGUGUUGCGAGACGGUCUCGUGCCGCAUCAACCGCAGACCACACCGUCGCGUUGGCUCAAGUUGGUCGCUACAUUUAUGAAUGGAACAGCCGAACGUUUCUCUAUCUUUGCCUCGUUACUGCCCGGUUUUCGCGAUUUAUCCCAAGACGACCAACGGAUCUUGCUGGUGGAAAAGCACUUGAUGAGCUGCGUGAAAUUACAAAAUCGCAAAACAAGACUUUGAUGGGAUACCUGUACGUGCUGUACAUGGACGCGUUGUACUGUUCCAUUGGGAAGCUUUUGAACGUUGCCGAUCGCGAAGUAAUCUACGCCAAAGUGAAGAUGAUUGUCAGCCGAUUCCCGCUUGAUCGACACAGUCUCGGUGAACUACUUUCAGAACGUUGAUAUGAAUAUCGCUCCGGUGCGUGCGCGUUCACUUGGCUUUAAGGACUGCCUGUAAGGUAAGCAGCGGCUACAGACGCCACCCCCUUGGAAAGUUUACUGUAUCCAAUCUGCUGCGAUGCUCGUAUACGAGGGGAAGUCAGUAGCGUACCUAGAUAAUCCCUGUACUUGCUGCAGUCACCGGGCUGGAGUAUGACGUUGCGGCAGCACUUAUGGCUAAUUCUGGCGCGGUAUAUAAGCACCAUGCGAAACCACAACGUCAAAGUCCAGCCGGGUGACGGCAGCGAGACCGAGUACUGGCACUACUGGUACAGGGAUCAUUUAGGUGCGCUACCGACAUCCAGAUUGCUCACGACAGCGUUGGUGAUGAUCUUAACGAAGAAAUUCUGCGGUUUUUGUUUGUUUUAGCACUUUUAGUACUGCUUGUUGAAUGCAGCACUCCUGCAAGGUUUUUUUCAUUUGCACUGUCCCAGUUUACGCACAAAUGCGAGGCCAUCAAGAAACGCGACCCCAUCACCAAAAACGACUGACACGUUUAAGUAAGAAGUGAAACGCCGGAGGCACUUAGCAUACAACGGUACACUACACCGGUGUGGUAACAUGAACGACAUCUACGGGAGGAACUGCAUAGGCCGUUUGCGUGGCCGUGUAUGCUUUCCGAGUGAAAUCACUGUACUAUAAAGUUGGAACCAUCUGCACUAUGUCACUUUCUACACUUUUUCUACGGGAAAAUAGAAAAUUUUAUUGAUUUUUAGUUGAAGAUAUUGUAACUGUGAAUAAGUUUAUUGCGCUAGCAUUUGUAGUUCUUUUGGUUUAUGUUGGCCGUUAAAGUAAAUUUUUUUGCAUCGCGCUUCACAGUGCCGCGCCCGAGCCGACCAGCGGCGCAGCAG